ACUACCAUACAUUUUUUAGAACUUGACACGACUGUGAAAUGUGAAUUUUCAGUUUUCACUAAUAUUUAGUGUGAUAUUGUGUUUGUAAUCUGAUGAAUAACGAUGCUCGCGUUCGUUUGAUAAAUGGUGGAAUUUAUCCGUUGAAGUAAAAGUAAAUUAAAUCACUCGAUUAAUUUUCUAUUAUUCUUUACAAAUACUAUUCGUCUUAUCUUUUCUAAAAUGCAGUUUUAAAUAUGGACUUUUCUGGCCCAGGUAAAUCCCCGAAUUCUGCGUUAUCGUUCAGAUAUAAUGCAAACAAUGAAGAGCUUGAAGAAUUGUAUCAAGCUUGUGAAUCCGAAAAUGCAUUACCACAAGGAGAUCAACCAUCAAAAAGUGAAACUGCAAGCCCUAAGAAAACAGAAAAGUCGUCAUCUAUUAUAGAUAAAUAUUUUAAAUCUAUUAGAUCUGAGAAAUCCAAUGAAAAAGUUGAAGAUGUUAAGUCUGACCCAAAACCAACUGAAGAGAGCAAAAGUUCUACUCCUAAAGAAAUUACUUCCUCACCUAUGAAAGAAUAUUUAAAUCGUCUUGGUAAAAGAAGCACCUCUGAGAGUUCAGAUAUAAAAGAACCUAAUGAAACAUGGAAGAUAUUCCAUGAUUUUAAAUUUAAGAUUGCUCAAGCUGUAGAGGAUAUGAAAACCAAAUCUGUGGAAGAGACAAAAGAAAAGUCUUUACCAAGGGACAAUUCUACAUCAGAUUCUGAGGAAAAUUCUACUACCAAAGACUUAGACCAACAAAGUAUUGGGGAUACUGAUAAUCAGGUGUCCUCACUUGAUAGCAGUAUACAGAAUUUGUCCGAGAUGACUCAACCAAUCACCGCCAAAGUUAUUGAGCAAGAAAAUCGUGAAAAUAACACUAAGAACCAUUCAGACUCUAGUGAUGACACACAAAAGAAUCUAAGGUUAAGUGAAACAGAUGUAACUAAGGAUAUUUUGAAUGAUAACAGCAUUGAAGUUGAAUCUGGUAUAGAGGCUCUUGAGGAUACAAUAGACGCAUUUGGCGAUGUUAACACUGUUGAUAGUCCAUUGAGUAGACCUGUUGACAUGAAAAUUAACCCAGCAACGCCAAUUUCCACUCCAGCCAAUUUUGGCCUGCCGCCAAGUAAAAGCAACUUAUCAAAACCGGAAUCACACAAAACGUCUAAGAGCUACAUUUUUAAUUUCACAAUGUAUUUUUUAACUAUUUUAGUAGUUAUUAAUUAUUUAUUGUUUCCUAAUUGUAAUGUGUGGAAUGGAUUUUUAUUGGGGCUGUGGUUUUUCUGUUUUGUGAGUAAUGUCAAACAGUGGGUGCUAGAUACAUACUUUAGUGAUUGGGAGCCGAGUAGUAGAAACUUUUUCCAAUUGAAGAGAAGCAGUACCAUACCAAUAGCCUACACUAUUCCGUCUGUGAAAGAGCAUACACCGUUGAAAAAGUAUGAGGGCUGGAUAAAUCACUAUAGAUUUCCUGAUUACGACCCCUUUACCUACCACAUAAAUAAAACAACAACUGCCUUUGUGAAACUCGAGGGAUGCAACCUAAGAAUAUCGUAUACGCGUACAAAAAUUGCGAAGAGAGCACUGUGGGAUGAGAAAAUCGACAAAGUUAAUUUCUAUCAGCACAGACUAUAUAACCUUACCGGUGCUCGAGUCAUUCUCUUACCAAAUGGACUUGUUAAACGGCGGCAAUGGAGCAAAAAAUACCCCAUAUGUAUAAUACUGAACGAGAAAGAAAAAAUUCAAGUGUUGGAGAAAGAGAAUUCAAUAGAGAAGAAAGUAGCUGAUAUGGACAAGAAGAGUAAAGAAGCGACGUUAGAGACUGAAAGUGCAGAGACAAAUACAAGCCCGGAGAGGAAGAAAAAGUUUGUUUGGAGGAGAAGAGAAAAGAGUAUUUCGCACGAAAGCGAACCAGGACGGGAAGGUCUCAGGCAUAGAUUAGUCCGGAAAAUGCAUAGAGAUAAAAAGACGGAUAGCGUAUCAACCAUAACAGAUCCAGAGACAAGUGAAAAGCUGGACGAUGGUGAAGAACAAACGACUAAAUCCAUCGCCAGUACAAGGGAGGAUGAUGAUGAAAUAGAUGAUAACGAAUUGUCCAAAAUCAAGGACUUACUUGAAGAAACGGAGUCGGAUCCCGUAGCGGAAGGUACAACGGAAGGAGAAUGGAGUGUGCACGUGAAACAAUCGAAGGACAAACAUUCACAUCUCUAUCUUUUUGCUAGGACGGGUCGAGACAAACAUGAGUGGUAUCGCCGUUUCAUGAUAUCGAUAAGCGAAGCGAGCGCGUCAGCGGAUACGUCAUCCAACGAAGACAAAUCUACGAGUGAGCCCCAAGAAGGAAAAGAGGGGAUUGAAUUAGCGGUUUAUAAGCUUAGCGAAAAAGAUACCGUUGCGUUUGGCAAGACUAAAACGAACGACUCUACAUCAGAUGUAAUAAAUAUAACAUCAGCCAUACAUCCUUUACCCGUCAGCUUAGAUUCAUAUGAGAAGACAUUUUGGCCAUAUAUUAUAAAAAUUAUGCAGACGCAUGAAGUUAUCACGAAACAAACCUCAGAUGUCGGCGUCAUGUGUCAAUUAGAGCCUUCGCCCCACGAGCGGAAUAAAAAAAAGAAGAGAAAGGAUUCCCAGCAGUCAACAUCUGAUUGCGAGUGCCGAACGCUUCCUGCGGAAGUGACAUGGGUGAACACGGUGCUUGCUCGCAUCAUGUACGAUAUGAUGCGAGAUCCCGUACUCAUUGCGAGGCUGCAGAACAAGAUACAAAGGAAGUUGAAUACGCUUAAGUUGCCAUCAUUCAUGUCACCGCUCCUAGUGACAAAAUUGUCUCUGUCGGGCGCGUGUCCGUUAGUCUGUGGCGUCCAACCGCCCUCUUGUGACGCACGUGGCGUGUGGCUCGACGCACACUUGCGGUACGAUGGCGGUGCGUACAUCGCCAUACUUACGCAAAUCAACCUUAUGAAGCUGAAAGAGAAAAAUAUGACAUUAGAAGAGCAAUUGAUGGAAACUCAAGAGGCGGUUGUCGAAAGAGAGCUGAGUGCGUCACCCACUCUACGUGCUACUAGCCCUGAGCUACGGAAACGAAAACCAGCGAUUUACGAUUCGGAAGUGGAGGACUCGGCCGAGUCUUCGAGUGACGACGAAACCCCACCCGUACAGCCAGUCGACAGUGCUGAAAAUAUCGUCUUGACAGAUACGGCACCAACUGUUUAUGCAACAGAAGGAGGUUCGUCAAAAAAGAAAUUCCUCAGAAUAGUUGACAAAAUAGCUACAAACAAAUAUUUCCAACAGGUAACUGACUACAAGUACGUGAAGCGAGCUAUGGAAGGUCUAUCGAACACUGACAUAAAGCUUCAGCUGGAAGUGAGCGGGCUCGAAGGUCGUUUGGCUGUGAACCUUCCACCACCACCGCACGAUCGGAUAUGGAUCGGGUUCCGUACAAAUCCCCAACUGGUAUUAAAGGCCCGACCAGCGUUCGGCGCUAGAUCACUUCGGUUUACUCACAUAACUAACUGGAUUGAACAAAAACUAACUAAGGAGUUCGAGAAAGUACUAGUUCUACCCAAUAUGGAGGAUUUUAUUAUAGACGUCAUGACGCCAACGCCUGUUGACUUCGAAUGAGGUCGAUAGUUUUUGCUAUUUGGUAGAGAUUAUUUUAAAUUUUUUGAAGUUUUGUGUGUCAUGCUCAACCACAAUUUUAUUGGUUUGUAGUUAUAGCUAUAAUAAAAUAAUCUAGGCUUUUACACGACGUUAUUGUUACGAGUCGUAAAUAUUAUAGAACCGGGGCUAUAUACGUUUAGUGUGUCGUGUUACAAAAUAUAUAAUAUAUGUUUUAUUUACGAGAGUAUGUAUUGAUUUAGUUGUUGUCUAUGGUGUAUCAAAACGUUUUUCUUAAUGCAUUUGCGCAACUGUAUUUGAUAUUUAUUUAAUUGUAUAUAGUAUUAGAUAUGUCACUGUAAAAUUGUAAAUAAUGUCACAUAAUUCGUGUGAUUCUUACAACUUAUUUUUCGAUAGUUUCAUGUUGUUUAAAAAAAUCUCUUAAAGCCAAUAAGAAUGUGUUUUCGAUCGCAAUUGUUUUCAAAUAUCGCUAGGUAUUUAUAGUUGUAUAGUGACAGAUGCAUGUAAAGAACCAUAUCUACAUAGAGAUUAUAUUUAUUAUAUUCGACUAGAGAUAUAGAUUAAAAUUCAUAUUUAUGGGAAAACGAAAGUAUAACUCACUCAUUAUCAAAAGUAUAUGACCCGAUUCGAGCUUCUCCAUUUUAUCGACAAUAAUUCCAAAUUUAUAUCUAUAUAAUAAAAUGUCAAAAAACUUUUCUAGAAAUUCAAGGAGAUAAAAUUUUUAAUGAACUUCAAGUUAUUAUUCAAACAUUUUUAAGUAGAAAUAUUCUAAAUUUUACAGAAUCUAAAGAUACUUACAUUUAUCAAUGGACUAAUCAUUUUUUAUUAGUUGUAGUAAGAGACUAAAUCGAGAACAUUACGUUAUUUUCACCUAAUAAACAGCUGAUAAUUCUAGUUAUGAGUUCAAUGACCUUUUGAGGUGAAUGACCCCAACUUUGCAUUAAUUUUUAAAAAGAUUGUACACUAUUUCUGUAGCAAGUUAUAAAAGGGCCUAUAAACGGGCUACACUUUUAAUCAAAUAUGUGGCUACAUUAUUGUCGACUAUGUCCCGAAUAUACAAAAACAUUUCUGUAACAGUAUAUGGCUCUUUAUUUUUUGUUUGCACGGUCUACAUACAUGGCAUAGUACCUAUGCGUUUUAAAAUCAAAUUCAAAACAAAAAUUACUGAGAAAGAUAUGGAUUGGACCUUAUUUCAAUAGGCGUGAUGCAAUAGGUAUUUUAAGUCUCGAAAUAAGACUCGCUGAACAAUUAUUUAACACGCAUUUCAAACAAUGACCAAAUGAAUAUUGACCAUGAUACAUAGAAUGGGUACUAAGAUGAGAAAAGCUAUAAAAGAGUAGCAUGAAAAAGGGACGCAAUUAGCUCGUAAAGCGAGACAGCAAUAAUAUGGCUCAGAAAUAUUGCAGUAUUUUCGAUUGCAAAGCGAUUGUUCCGGCCAUACGGCUGAGAUACUAAACAUUCCGGACAUAAAUAAAAUAUUUGUCAAUAUGUAUAUCCCGCCAUACUAAAAAUAUUGCCUUAUAUUGCAUAGUCUAGCCGUAAACGCUGGCUGUUGCUACCAGGCACACCCUUGCAGCUAUACAUUUUCGAGAAAAAAUGGCCCGUCUAGAAGCCCUUAUAGUAGAACAUUUGUCGUGCAAUUGGUGUUUGAUAUUUUUGAAUUUUAAAUUCAAAUAUUUUAAUUAAGCAGUAUUGUUUUAAAAAAACAUAAUUAUUCAUUCAAUUUCUGGUCGCACAAUAAAGUAUUUUCGGCCAAAAUUUACUUUUUUUUAAACAUAACUAAUGAAAAAAAUUCUAACGUAUAUACUUGUGCGAAAUUGUUAUUGAAAGGCUGACUGAUUGUUGCUUAUAAGCUGUCACAUCGAAUUUAUAAGUUUUUGUUAAUGCGGCAUGAAUACCAAUUAAUCAACACCUUAUCUACAGAGCACGUAGAAACUAAGGUGCAAGUUUCCUUUGCCACGAAAUAGUUGAUUUAAUUACGUAAAUUUUAUAAGGCACAUACUUAUAAAUAUAGUUAACGGCUCAGCUAAUGCCACCUGGUUUGUGAGGAUCAAAUUACACUUGCACACGCCGAAAAAAUGGGCCUAAUUGGUUCCUUAGUCGUUUUUAGUUGUCUUUCGCAUUUGAUGCCGAGCCCUUAACUCUAGACCUACGCGCCUUGAUAUUUGUAAUUUAACGAUGUUAUACGCCCAUUAUAAUUGUUCAAAUUUGCCUAAAUUUUGUUUUAUAUACACUAUAUUUGUUCGUAUCGCCCGAUUUUUGUACUAACUGCAAUACAUUUGUAAUGUUAAAUCUAUAAAUUUGUUUUCAAACGAGCCAAAAUAUUCCGAUCCAUUGUAAUUUAUGAGUGACGUUUUGUAAGAAUAUUUUGGAACUCGAAAGAUGAUUUUACGUUUUUUUAUGCUGUGAAGUUAUCUAUUUCGUAGUUAUAACUAUAAUGAAAUUUUUAUGUAAAUAUUUGAAAUUAUAAGUGUUUAUGUGAUAUUAUGUAUAGUUAAGAGUUAAACCGUGCCGAAUAGUUUUUCUAUGUGGUAUCAGUUGUGAUUAUUUUCAAUAAAUAAAAAG